UUCCACUCCUAUUGGUUAGGUGGUCAAGGAAUGUAGAGCCCGGAUUUGUGAAGGAGGCAAUAUAAGCUAAUGACAUGUAUAACUGCUAAAUAAAAUAACGUUACAGUCUGACAGUCCGAGAGGUUUGCUUUUACUUUGGCAUGACCAGUUAGGCUACAUUUCCAUGUCUUGACAAGAUGGGUGAUCAUAGUCUUCAUUCACUGUAUGACACAACAGGACCUCAUGAGGCCCUCACUGUGGAUGAAGCACAGCUGGAUGUUCUGGGGCAGCGGAGGGAGAAGCAGUGUCGCUCUGUGUGGCAGAAGCUGAAGGCUGAGCUGCAGUGUUCUGGUCCUCGUGCGAAGAGCUGUUUUUUGUCUGGUGUUCCUCUUCUGUCAUGGCUCCCGCAUUACCCAUUCAAAGAAAAUGCUUUUGGAGAUCUGAUCUCAGGAAUCAGUGUGGGCAUCAUGCACCUGCCACAAGGAAUGGCUAAUGCUAUACUAGCUAAUGUGCCUCCUGUGUUUGGUCUCUACUCCUCUUUCUACCCAAUCCUCAUUUACUUCAUCUUUGGGACCUCUAAACACAUCUCAGUAGGUACUUUCUCUAUCCUCGCUAUCAUGGUCGGCACCGUGAUAAAUGAUGUGGAGUUUGCAGACAACAGAGCGGAGAGAAAUGAGAACGAUGCUGAGAUGAACAGAGUUGUUUUAGCCGCUCAACUGACCGUUCUGUGUGGAUUAAUACAGAUCCUGCUGUGUAUGUUGCGCUGUGGAGGAGUGUGUCGGUGGCUGUCUUGGCCGUUGGUCAGUGGGUACACCACCGCAGCUGCGAUCCAUGUGACCAUACACCAGGUCCCUUUACUAAUGGGCAUCUCCACACACACACACAGAGGAUUUCUGACCGUGGCCUGGAUGUUCAUGGAUGUUUUGUAUCGAGUCACUGAAGCAUCGCCUGGGAUACUAGUGGUCUCCUCUGUUUCCAUGGCGAUCCUUGCAGGAGGGAAAAUAUUGAACUCUCGGCUUAAAGGCCGUUUACCUAUGCCCAUUCCCUGGGAAUUACUGCUGGUUAUUUUGGCCAUUGUGCUGUCAGAGCAGUUAGAUUUGCCUGGACGGUAUGGUGUUCAGACAGUGGGGACGAUACCCACAGGUCUCUCUGCUCCAGCUCUCCCUACGCUCUCUCUGUCUAAGGAGUUGCUGCUGCCUGCUCUAGCUCUCGCCGUCGUAGGUUUUGGGUUAAAUGCCUCUCUGGGCACCAUGUACGCCCUUAAACAUGGGUACCGCUUCCAUAGCAACCAGGAGCUGCUGGCUCUGGGGGUGUGUAAUGCAGUUGGUGGGCUAUUUCAGUGUUUUGCUGUGAGCUGCUCCAUGUCCCGCAGCAUGGUCCAGGAGAGCACUGGAGGAAAGACUCAGGUUUCAGCUCUGGUAUCUGCUUUGCUUAUCUUGGCAGUUCUGCUGAAGUUUGGACCGCUAUUUGAAAAGCUUCCAAAGGCGGUCCUGGCUGUGAUCGUUUUGGUGAAUCUGCAGGGGAUUUUUGCUCAGAUCAAAGACGUGCCAAAACUCUGGGCUACAGAUCGGCUAGAUUUAUUGGUGUGGUCAGUGUCCCUGCUCUCUGCUCUGUUGUUGAAUCUGGACGUGGGGCUCGGAGCUGCUGUUGUGUUUUCCCUCUUCACCGUCGUCUUCAGAACGCAACGUCCUAGGUUUGCUGUUCUUGGGGUCAUCCCUGACUCUGACUGUUACAGAGAUGUGAGAGUGUACUUGAAGGUGAAGCAGGUUCCUGGAGUGACUGUGUUCUCCUGUUCAAAUCCUUUGUACUUCGCUAACACUGAUCUUUACUUCAGAUCACUGAGAGAGGCUGUAAAGACAGGUUUGAAGGAGAACCCUACAGUAAGUCCUCCAGGCCAGCAGGGUGCAGUAUCUCAACACUGUGUCAUUCUGGAACUGAGCAGCGUGUGCUUUAUGGAUUCAACCUCCAUCAACAUGUUCAGAACUGUGGUUGAGGAUUUUAAGGCUAGGCAGACCUCCCUCUUUCUUGCUGCGUGUCCAGAUUGUCUCUUCUCUCAGCUGAAGAAUCAUGGUUUAGUUCCAGACUGUUUGGCGAGAUGCUGUUUUUUCCCCUCAGUGCACCAUGCUGUUCAGCACUGGCAGCAAAUACAGACUCGGACCUGCUGACCUCUGACAAAUUCAUCCCUCAUUCCUGCAGAUGGACUGGAUUGACCCUUCAACUUUGUCCUAAAUGGAGAUCCCUCUGCUGAUGUGUUUACUGGAAAGCUUUUGUACAAACUAAAUGUAUAAUCUCAUGUUUAAGAUUAGUUCCUUUUGAAUGAAGUAUGUUUUAGUGUGCUCUGUUAGUAUUUAAAACAAUGGUAAUGCAUUCAUUUAUUUUGACUAAUAAACUUCC